AGACACUGGUUUUUAGUUGGUAGUGAUUGUUGUUCGUGAUCGGUUCGUGCGGUUUUGUGAACGCGCUACUUUUGAAUCAAAAUUUAUUUUUUUAAAUUUAACAAUCAGGAUGACACGAAAACGGUUAUGUUGAGUGAAAGAUUUUAUUUUCUUUAUUAUUGCGUUAACUGGUAAAUCGUCAAUCGUGUUAAAGUUGCGGGACGUGUGAAUCUUGAUGGUGAAUAAAAUAGUUUCCGACAAAAUUUCGGUUUGUGACGGUGCUAUAUAAGAAAUUUAAUUAGAAAGACCCAUUGUGUUACCUAAUGUAUGUUUUGUGAUUGAUGUGAUUGAAUUACAAAUUGGAUAAUAAUCUACCUGAAUUAUACAAACGCUUACAACAGUAAACAACCAAUAUACACAUGGAACCAACAACUGCCUUGGUACUGGGAAUCCAAUUAUUCGCUUUAUUUUCGAUAGCCGGCGGCCUAUUGCUGUAUUUGCUAUGCAAAGUGCGUGGUACCCGCGAAUCAUUGAUCGGACAGAAAGGUGGUUCGAUUUUGGUUACCAGUGCCGAUACAGCACUCGGUCUACAAUUAUGCACACACUUAGCGGCACGAGGUUGUAGAGUUUUUGCUGGCAUGAAAGAUCCCGUUGAAUCGUUGCCAGCAAAACUACUCCGCGGAUGGCUCAAAAUGAAGGAAAACUUGGAUCAACCGAUCGAAGGAUCAAUUGUACCGUUGCGGUUGGAUGUGACUCGUGAGGAUGUUCUUAAAGAGGCGACCGAAGCGAUGGGAGCCCAUUUGAAUGCUGGAGAAAGGGGAAUUUUGGCAGUCAUUAACACAGCCGGUAUUGUACACCGUGGUCGAAUCGAGAAUCAGGAUUCCCUGCAAUGGGAAACCAUGUUCAAGACAAAUGUUCUCGGAUCUCUUCGAACAGCACGUGCAUUUACUGGCCUUUUAAAGCCGACUCGUGGCCGACUGAUUUAUUUCGGUGCCGGAAAUGAAGGAGAUGGUCUGGUAGCCUAUACAGCAUCUCGUUCGGCUGUCGACGGAUGCGCAGAUGCACUUCGCAUGGAAUUGCAACCGUUCGGGAUAAGUGUCAUAGCUUUGGACUCUCACGGCGUUCCAGCUGAAUCAUUAUACCGAUCACCGAUACCUUUCCAUGCGACUGACAAUGCUGACGCUCCGACCCAAUAUUCGGCUGAGGUGCUAACACAGCGGGCUCUGGGCGUAAUUGAAAAUGCUUUGUGGGAUGUCUGUCCGAAUGAGCGAUAUCAUUUAGCCGUGCCGUACAGCAAGUUUUCGAUCACGAAACCGUGUGGAUCGAUGUAUAAGAAGGCGAACAAAGGCCGAACCGUACAAAAAGUUUGAAUGUCGCUUGUAAUGAGCGAUAUGUUGUUGAAGUCCAUUGAGACGAUUGAAUGUAAAUAUGAUUUUUGAUAAACUUUUGUUAAAACAAA